AAAUGCCUUAUCAGAUGCGGUCAUACUAAGAGCUACGUCACUGCGUUGUAAUCAACAAAAAAGGAAAAUAAACCAAACUAAACGAGCCGCAGACUGAUCAAAUGCUGGUUAUCGCAUAGUUUGAAAUCAGCGCCCGUCACUGCCAACAACAAAUGAAGCACCUGUGACCCCGGGCCAGAAGCAGGAGCAUUGCCGUUGCUGCCAGCGCAAACAAAGGCCACAACAAAGGCCAGCCGAAAAACAGAACGUCAUUGGAAGGCAAUUAGUCCGUAGACGAGUAGCGGAGGCCCUGGUGUCCACACCCUUCUCCUUCUGCCAGCGCACCGGGCAGUAGAUGCUGGUUGGGCUCAGCGACCAGCUAGCGCGGAUCAUGGAGAGUGUCUUCGAGGCGUACUUGGGCCCAGACAGCGUCCUUGCCAGCGCCGUUGGCCAGGCGGUGGGCAGCGGAGAGCCGGAGGACAUUCCCCGGAGAAACACCGAUGUCUGGGUCCUGGGAAAGAAGUACAACGCCAUACAGGAGCUCGAGCUCAUCCGACGCGACAUUCAGUCCCGGCUGUGGUGCACAUAUCGCCAUGGGUUUUCGCCGCUGGGAGAAGUGCAGCUCACCACGGACAAGGGCUGGGGCUGCAUGCUGCGCUGUGGUCAGAUGGUUCUCGCCCAGGCCCUGAUCGACUUACAUUUGGGACGCGAUUGGUUCUGGACGGCCGACUGCCGUGAUGCCACCUACCUCAAGAUUGUGAACCGUUUUGAAGACGUGAGGAAUAGCUUCUACUCCAUACACCAGAUCGCCCAGAUGGGAGAGUCACAGAACAAAGCGGUCGGCGAGUGGCUGGGACCGAAUACAGUAGCCCAGAUUCUCAAAAAACUAGUGCGCUUCGAUGACUGGAGCUCUCUGGCGAUUCACGUGGCGAUGGAUAGCACAGUGGUAUUGGAUGACGUGUAUUCGUCGUGUCGCGAAGGAGGUUCAUGGAAGCCACUGCUUCUCAUAAUCCCCCUGCGCCUGGGCAUCACAGACAUUAACCCGCUUUACGUGCCUGCCUUAAAGCGCUGCCUUGAACUAGACAGCAGCUGUGGCAUGAUAGGAGGUCGACCAAACCAGGCUCUGUACUUCCUGGGCUAUGUGGAUGAUGAGGUGCUCUACCUGGAUCCCCAUACCACGCAAAGAACAGGCGUCGUGGGGCAGAAAACCGCUGUGGCAGAACAGGACUACGACGAGACCUACCAUCAAAAGCAUGCUGCUCGCCUGAGCUUCUCCGCCAUGGAUCCCUCGCUGGCGGUUUGUUUCCUCUGCAAAACCAGUGAUAGUUUCGAGUCCCUGUUAACCAAGCUGAAGGAGGAGGUGCUCAGCCUCUGCUCGCCGGCUCUCUUCGAGAUUAGUCAAACACGUGCGGUCGAUUGGGACACCACGGAGGACAUCGACUGGCCCACCAUGCCGGAUAUCGAUUGGCCCGCGGGCACCUCGGACUCGGACUCCUUUGCCAUAGUUGAAGAGAGCGGUAGGGACAGCGACGCCGGCUGUAGCGGCGCCAGUGGCAGCGGCAAAAAGCCCAGUGAGAGCGCCGCCAUUUGAGAGGACGCCGGCGGAGCGCCUGCGCCGCACCAGAGAAGAUAAAGCCCAGCCAGGCGAAAGUGGAGCACCCGAAGAGAAGGUGGACGAGGAGAAGAUGCAAGUGGGGCGGGAGGUCGCGCCCCUGCGGAUGCUGCGAAUGCAAUAAACUAAGGCUAGAGUGCAUAAUUAGACGAGUGGUUGAGAUUUAGAUUUUAGUAUGUUUACGAUUUGUACGAAUGCGGUUCUUAGCGAUUCAUAAUGCUGCUUUAUUGUACGCGAUUGACUCCACGGGAGACAAUUUGGCAAAAACACACACACAGAGCGACACUUACAAACACACACCGCUUUUUGAUGAUCAAUUAAACAUUUUUAUGCAACGUUGUACAUUGAAGACUCGAUGAGAUCGAGGCAAUCGCCUUAGCCCAGUGUGUAUUUGCAUGUUUGUAUUCGUAAUAUUCAUUUACCUUUCGUAUAUUCGUCUGUAUAUGCUCAAAAUGGACCAACAACUAAAUACAUAAUACUUGGACUAUA